UUUAUCAUAUCUGCAGAUGGAGAGCAAAUUAAAACAGGAAAAUCAAAUACCACUACAAUUAUGGAAUUUGUCCUCCUGGGGUUUUCAGAUAUUCCCAAUCUCCGGUGGAUUCUGUUUGGAAUAUUUUCCCUCCUCUAUCUGACAAUAUUGAUGUGCAACAGCAUCAUAAUAUUAAUAACUAUUAUGGACCCCAUUCUCCAGACCCCUAUGUAUUUUUUUCUGAGCAAUUUUUCCUUUCUGGAAAUCUGUUAUGUAACAGUCACUAUCCCAAGGAUGCUCAUGGACCUUUGUACCCAGAAAGGAAAUAUCUCUUUUCUUGCCUGCGCUGCACAAAUGUGUUUUGUGCUUAUGCUGGGAGGCACAGAGUGCCUCCUUCUGACAGUGAUGGCCUAUGACCGCUACGUGGCCAUUUGUAACCCUCUGCACUAUUCUAUAGUCAUGAACCACAAGUUCUGUACCCAGCUGGUGACUGCCUCCUGGGUCCUCACAGCUCCAGUUGUAAUAGGGCAAACAUGGCAGAUUUUUUCUUUGCCCUUUUGUGGGUCUAAUAAAAUUAAUCAAUUUUUCUGUGACAUCCCCCCAGUACUUAAGCUAGCUUGCGGGGACACAUUUGUGAAUGAAAUAGCAGUCUAUGUAGUGGCAGUGGUGUUUGUCAUGGUACCAUUUAUGCUGAUUGUUGUUUCCUAUGGCAAAAUUAUCUCCAGUAUUUUGAAAUUGUCAUCAGCCAGAGGAAGGGCUAAGGCCUUCUCCACCUGUUCUUCUCAUCUGAUUGUAGUCAUCCUAUUCUAUGGAACAGCUGGUAUCACUUACUUACAACCCAAACCAAAUCUCUCUGAAGGAAUGGGGAAGCUCAUCUCUCUCUUCUAUACCAUUUUAAUCCCAACUUUGAAUCCUAUUAUAUAUGCUCUGAGGAACAAAGACAUCAUGUUGGCACUGAGAAAACUCUUGACUAAAUUACUGCCUUGA